AUGCGGGGCGCGCCCCACCUCCCGGUGCUGCUCCUGCUGCUGCGAGCCCACCCCCACCCAAGCUUGGCUCUAAGUCUCCCCGCCGCCCACCCCCGCCCCACCCCCCACCCCCUUCCCGAGCCUCCGGUCCCCCGCCCACCCUCGCCGCCCUGUUCUCCCGCAGCCUGCGGGCAGCCCCGCGUGUCCAGCCGGAUCGUAGGAGGCCGGGACGCGCGGGCCGGAGAGUGGCCGUGGCAGGCCAGCGUCCAGCGCCGCGGGGCGCACGUGUGCGGGGGCGCGCUGGUCAACCCGCGGUGGGUGCUGACGGCGGCGCACUGCCUCCGGAGGCAGGCGCCCGUGACCGAGUACCGCGUGCUCCUCGGGGCGCUGCGCCUGGGCCGGGCCUCGCCCCGCGCGCUCUCGGUGCCGGUGCAGAGGGCGCUGCUGCACCCCGACUUCUCCGAGGACGGCGCCCGCGGGGACCUGGCGCUGCUCCAGCUGCGCCGCCCCGCGCCCCGGAGCGCCCGCGUCCAGCCGGUGUGCCUGCCCGAGCCCGGGGCCCGCCCGCCCCCCGGGGCUCCGUGCUGGGUCACCGGCUGGGGCAGCCUCCGCCCGGGAGUGUCACUCCCGGCGUGGCGGCCUCUCCAGGGAGUCAGGGUGCCCGUGGUGGACGCGGGCACCUGUGACCGCCUCUACCACGUGGGCACCAGCGUGCCCGGGGCCCAGCAAAUAGUGUUGCCGGGGAACCUGUGCGCCGGCUACCCCCAGGGCCGCAAGGAUGCCUGCCAGGGUGACUCUGGGGGACCCCUGGCCUGCUUGGAGUCUGGGCGCUGGGUCCUGGUGGGCGUGGUGAGCUGGGGCAAGGGCUGUGCUCUGCCCUACCGGCCGGGCGUCUAUACCAAUGUCGCCACGUACAGCAGCUGGGUCCAUGCUCGCCUCGGCCACUGAUGUGGUGACCCCUCUGCUACUUAGUCCCUCUUGGGACCUGUCCAUCCCCCAGCCCUACCACUUCCGACUUGAGGCUUGGAGGCCUGAUAAAGCUAAGGAGCCAUCUCUCCAUCCAUCAGUCCAUCCCCUGCCUUCCUUGGGGCUCACCAAGCCUGAGCUGCCAGCCCUGCCCCAGCUCCUCCCAUCUGCGGGGUCUCAUGCUCCUCCUUUCCCUU